AUGCCUAUCCAGACCAGCGCUCCGUCGCAUCCUGAAUCUUUCCCUUCCUUCAUGUCGGUCUUUGGUGGCAUCUCUUCUCGUUUCACACCUGAAAAAGACGAAAACCCCGCGCCUCUUCAACCAUUGCGGGUGCCCUCCUCUCAUGGAUCCGCUCCUCAUCUUUCUCGACGUCCACUUCCCUUCCGUCACCGCGAAAGUGUCUCGUCCAUGACCUCCGGCUCAACCGACUCUUCUCCUACCACCACUGUCUCCACCUUUGAUUCUCCUUCUGCUCCCGAUACUUCUCCAAGCUCCUCUCCAGAGUCGCCGUCUUCCAUGCCCUAUCCUCAAUUCAUGCAGCCCGCACACUUUGGCGAGCAGAAACCUGCGCAGCCGGCACGGCCACAGUCGCAGCAACAGAAUGAAUUGUUAAAACCGUCGGAAAUCUCCAAGCCAGUGCAACCGGAGUCGCCCAAUCGACGAGCGCGCAACCUCAAAAACUUGUCGCUGAGAAUGCCCCCGCCUUUGGACUCGUCGCGCCCGCAUAUUGCAACGGCACCUAUUGUAGAGACAACUUCGCACCACUUCUCUGCCCCUCCCUCGCCCGUUAUCCCUCCCAAGACUGGUCGACGCAAGCCGGCGGGCCUCACCAUUCGCACUCCGGGAUUCGACAAGUCCUUUUCUGAAAACGUCACCGAAGUUGUUCCUCCGACACCCUCCUUGCGACACGCUGAAUCGUCGCCUUCUCUGCAUUCCGUUUUCUCCCCCUCAUUUGGCCCCAAAGGUGGCAUGCAAUUACCUCGACCUGUUACCCACCAUGGCGUCCGACGACCCUCUGAAGGUGGCUUCACUCCCCUCCAGACGGUGCCAGAUGAGAAUUCGCAGACUGGUGGGGCCCUGCAUGAUCUGCAGGAAGAGGACGACCCUCUCGACUCGAGAGAGUCGCUUCAACGGAACGAGCGGAGCUACCCGGAUGGGCCUAUUCGCAUUUAUGACUCUGGUCUGUACUUGUAUCUGGAGCCGACCGCUCAGGAAGCGUCACAAUUCGAUGUGAUCGUGAACGUGGCCAAGGAGGUUGUCAAUCCGUUCACCAAGAGCUCAGACAGCGACACGGUCAUGAGCGCAUGGCGCAACAACAUUUUGCCCCCGACAGGAGAACAGAAUGUUCAAAACGAGAGUAGCCACACCCAGUCAUCCAAACCAGAAUACAUCCACGUUUCCUGGGAUCACAACUCGGAAAUCCUCGACGAUUUGUACCCACUAUGCGAGCUCAUUGACUCGCGCAUCUCCGAGGGCAAGAAGGUGCUCAUUCAUUGCCAACUGGGAGCCAGCCGUUCGGCCUCUUUGGUGAUUGCCUACGGUCUGUUCAAAAACCGCGACAUGGACUUCAACUCGAUGUAUGAGAUGGUCAAGGCGCGCAGUCGUUGGGUGGGUCCCAACAUGAGCCUCAUCUACCAGUUGACGGACUUCCGUUCCCGAUUGAUUCGUGGUACACUCUCGAAGAAGUCCCCGGAGGAGUGGUCUCUGGCAUCAACGCCCAAGAGCGAGGUCCCAGCUCCUAGCCUUGCGGCUUCGCCGGUCCUUCCGGAUAGCCAUCCCACAAACCAUGGUCCCUCUCUCCCGCCAGUGCCUUCUCUUUCCGUGCCUUCUCUUUCCGUUCCAAGUGAUCAGACGGCGCUUCGUCCUAGCAGCCCGGGCUUUUCCAAGACUCUUUCACACAAACGAAGUCUGCCUCCGCGGCCCUUGCCGCUUCGGCAGAUGUACCAUACGGCGGAGCCAGCGGAGCGAUCUCAACGGCCGCGCACCAGCUAUGUGCAACCGGUCAAGAAGGGAUCGUUUGUGCGCGAGCAACCAGACUUGUCUUCGAUCUUUUCGCCUCGCACCACCGAGUUCAUGGUUGCACCACUACCCCGGCAGAUGGGAGGUAUUGGAGGUGUUCUGUCAGGAGAUGCGGCAGACCCACGAUCACCACCACCGGGCAAUGAGCGCGUGAUCAUGAGAAGUAUUGAUGAAUUUCUAUAG